CGUUUACUUUCCCGGCGGCCAACUCCUCCGCCACCGUCCACCUUCAAGACCGCACCUAAUCUCUUCAGUGGUAGAACAGGAGAGAGCUUCCAUAAUCUUCAUUGGUCUCAAACGACUCUGCUAGGGUUGGGAGCUUGAAGGCUGAAGCGACCACUCAUUACCCGAGAGCUGAAAUGGAUGCAAUUAAACAAGAGAAAGUACGAAGAUAUGAGGAGUUUGUGGAUAACCGUUUGAAACCAGAUCUUGUUCAUGCUAUUGCUGAAAGGGAUAAGGUCUUCGAGCAGCAAAAGAUUUUCUCAGAUUUGAGAAGAAACAUAGAAAACUUGGAGAAGAAUAGUGUGACAAGUCUGAGGUCACUAGUCAAUCUGGGUUCAGAAGUUUACAUGCAAGCUGAAGUCCCAGAUACAAGGCACAUAAUUGUGGAUGUUGGACUCGGCUUCCACGUGGAGUUCACUUGGUCUGAAGCUCUAACUUACAUUUCAGCAAGGGAGAAGAAACUGGCUGGGCAAAUAGAAGAAUAUACUCGCCUAAUUGCAUCAAUUAAGGCACAGAUCAAAAUGGUUUGCGAAGGGAUAAGGGAGCUACUCCAGCUUCCCGCAGAUAGUUUCAGGAGGGAAAGAGAUCUUUAGUUUACAGUGAUGAAUGCAGAAUUGUUACUAUCACUACUACCAAUAGUUUUUUUUUUGGACUAAAAAUUAUGGACUAUAUGUGACUUGCUAGCUUGCAUUUUAUGCAAUGAAUUAAUUUUCCUUCCUCAUAUGCCAUAUAGUGAAUUUAUGUGUGUACUCAA